AACUCUUGAUUUUGACGAACUCUUCUAGUUCCCGACAACCAUUGUACGCGGUCCAUUUCCUAUAUAAACACUCUCUUCUCUUUAUGUAUUCAAAACAUCCAUCUCUCUCUUCACAUUCUCUCUCUACAACACUCUUCUCCUAACCUCCAAUUCACCCAUUUUCAUCUUCUUAAUCAAUCUCAACUUUUCAUCCCUCUAUUAAUUUUGUGUUAAAGCUCGAAUUUUGUGUAUAAUUGGGUGAAUUAUUGUUUUUAUGUUCGAGAUUUGAUUAGGGUUUUGCUUGUGGUGAAUGUAAGAAAUGCCAGCAACGGAUUAUCAAGGCUCAUCAGCUUCUCACACGACUCGUUCGUUCUUUAGUUUUCGUCGGGAGCAAAUCCACUCGAUGGAUUCUCCACACGCGACUAGUCAAGAUAUGGAGCUUGAAUCUUUUCAGAGACUUGUUGCUGAGAGGUUUAGUGAUUUGUCAGCGGAUAAGGGUGAUGAUUUUCUCUCACUAUCGUGGGUUCAGAAGCUGCUCAGUGUGUUUCUUGAUUGCCAGGAGGAUUUUACCGAAUUGGUUUCCAGGAAUAAAGGGUACUUAAACAGGGCUCCGAUGGAUCGUAUGAUUUCGGAGUUUUUCGAGAGGAGUGUGAAGGCUUUAGAUGUUUGUAAUGCGAUUCGAGAUGGAAUUGAGAUUAUUAGGCAAUGGCAGAAGCAAUUGGAGAUUGUGUUGUGUGCUUUGGGUAAUCAGAGGAGUCUUGGAGAAGGUCAGUUUCGUCGAGCCAAGAAGGCGUUGGUUGAUUUAGCAAUCGGGAUGUUGGAUGAGAAAGAGGGCAGCUCUUCGGUUUCUCAUAGGAACAGGUCUUUUGGGCGAAAUAAUGUAGUGAAGGAUCAGAAAUCAAUGGGGCAUUAUAGGUCGUUGUCGUGGAGUGUUUCGCGAUCCUGGUCAGCUGCUAAGCAGUUGCAGGCAAUUGGGAAUAAUUUAGCUCCUCCGAAGCCUAAUGAGAUUAUGGCUACCAAUGGACUAGCUUUGGCUGUUUAUACGAUGAAUAAUGUAUUGUAUUUUGUAAUGUGGGCUCUUGUUGCCGCAAUACCUUGUCAGGAUCGCGGUUUACAUGCUAGUUUUCAUAUGCCUAAGCAGUUUGUUUGGGCUAGUCCGAUUCUAUCUCUUCAUGAGAAGAUAUUGGAUGAAUCGAAGAAGAGGGACAAGAGAGCCGCCAGUGGCUUAAUGAAGGAGAUUCAUGAGAUUGAGAAGUGUGCGCGUUUUUUGAAUGAACUGAUGGAUUCGGUUAGCUUCCCUUUGAACGAGGAGAAGGAAGAAGAAGUUGUAAAGAGAGUAAAGGAGUUAGGAGUAGUUAAUCAGGCUAUAAAGCAAGGAUUGAACCCGAUGGAACGGCGAGUUAGGGAAGUGUUUCAUAAAAUUGUAAAGAGUAGAACCGAAGGCCUUGAAUCUUCCGGCUGAUCAACACAUCAUCCCAAGUAAUUCAAUCUGUAGUUGAAUGCAGAAACGAGUGCUAUGUCUAUAAUUUGUAUACUGGAGAAAUGGGGAUUGGAUUAUCUUGUCCACGAUGUCUAUGGCCUUCUUGUUUAUUACUACUAUAUCAGUUGGUUUUUGCAAGUAGAAUUGGCUUGUUCAUUUUUGUUUCCAUUUUUAUGGUUUGAAUGUCAUAUAGAAAUUUUUCAUUCGA